AUGUUAUUCCUUGAAAGUAGCGUCCAUUAUUAUUUUUUAACUGGGGUUGCUGAAUAUCAAAAGCUUAUUACACGAAAUCCUAUUUUUUUAGAACGAGUUGAAGGCGUAGGUAUUAUUGGUGGAGAAGAAGCACUAAAUUGGGGUUUAUCGGGGCCAAUGCUACGAGCUUCGGGAAUACAAUGGGAUCUUCGUAAAGUUGAUCGUUAUGAGUGUUAUGACGAAUUUGAUUGGGAGAUUCAAUGGCAAAACGAAGGUGAUUCAUUAGCUCGUUAUUUAGUACGAAUCGGUGAAAUGAGAGAAUCCAUAAAAAUAAUCCAACAAGCCUUGGAAGGAAUUCCAGGGGGGCCCUAUGAGAAUUUAGAAAGCCGGCGCUUUGAUAGAAUAAAAGACCCUGAAUGGAAUGAUUUUGAAUAUCGAUUUAUUAGUAAAAAGCCUUCUCCCACUUUUGAAUUAUCCAAGCAAGAACUUUAUGUAAGAGUCGAAGCACCAAAAGGAGAAUUGGGAAUUUUUCUGAUCGGAGAUCAGAGUGUUUUUCCUUGGAGAUGGAAAAUCCGACCGCCGGGGUUUAUCAACUUGCAAAUUCUUCCGCAGUUAGUUAAAAGAAUGAAAUUGGCUGAUAUUAUGACGAUACUAGGUAGUAUAGAUAUCAUUAUGGGAGAAGUUGAUCGUUGA